AAAGCGAACUGGUUUCGGAACACGGCGUGCGCGUGGUCCGUUGGGGCGAUCGCGGCCUGUAUAGUUUUGUUGUUAUAUACGCAGAACUGCGUCUGAGUUCGAAACACCGAUCUAAAUGGCAAGCACGCUUGUGGCAGCAGGUAUUGGCCUGGCGGCCGUUGGGUUCGCCGGCCGUUAUGUUCUCAGGAGACUACCGAAUUUAUCGCAGAGGAUGGCAGAGACUGUGAAGAGGCUAGAUUCCCAGUCGCUAGCGAACAGCAAGUAUUACAAGGGUGGUUUCGAGCAGAAGAUGACCAAGCGAGAGGCCAGUUUGAUCUUGGGCGUGUCUCCUACGGCUAACAAAGGUAAAAUAAAGGAGCAGUUCAAAAAAGUAAUGGCUGUAAAUCAUCCAGAUCGUGGCGGCUCCCCGUACGUCGCUGCAAAAAUUAACGAGGCAAAGGAUUUGCUCGAGAAGUAACGGCAGACUUGUAAUAUAUUUAGAAGCCAAAUUGUACAGUUAAUUUAAUUCUAUAGCCAUAGUAAAUAUACUCUAUUUUUGAAGCUAUA